AUGUUAGAGAAAGUAGCUUGUGCUACUACAAGUAAGGAAGCAUGGGAGAUCUUACAAAACUCCCACAAAGGAGUUGAGAAGGUGAAAAAGGUUCGACUUCAAACACUUCGAGUUGUAGCAAUUGAGGAAUCUAAAGAUCUAGAUAGUAUGAGUGUCGAUCAACUCAUGGAAUCUUUACAAGUCCAUGAGGAAAGACUAAGGAAGAAGGUGAAAGAAGAGCCAUUAGAGCAAGCUCUUCAAACAAAGCUCACUUUGAACGAGGGUGAAGGAAGGUUCAAUAGUAGAAGAAGCCAAAAAGGAAGAGGACGUGGCCAAGAUCGAGGAAGAAGUGUAUUCUACAAGGAGGAAAGAAGACAAAGUUCAUUUUCCACCAUAGGUCGUGAAAGAGGAAAAGAUACGAGGCAAAAUGAAGGACCAAUGUAUGACAAAUUUCAAAUUAAAUGUUACAAUUAUAAAAAACUUGGUCAUUAUACUUCAGAAUAUAGAAAUAUUACUAACCAAGUUGAGGAGAAAGUCAACUACGCUUGUCGGGAAAGUGAACUAGAUUCUGCACUACUGUUGGCUUACAAAGGUGAAGAAAGAAGAGAAAAGAAAACUUGGUAUUUGGAUACAGAAGCAAGCAACCCUAUGUGUGGAAGAAAAAACAUGUUUUUGAAGCUUGAUGAAUCAGUAAGUGGAAGCAUUAACUUUGGAGAUGAAUCUAAGAUUUCAGUGAAAGGAAAAGAGAAGGGCUAUGAUAAUCAUUUGAAAGAUCAUAGUCUUUCAAUAAGAGAUCAAAGAAAAAAUUUGAUUGCCAAAGUCCCUAUGACAAGAAAGAGAAUGUUUGCGUUAAGCAUUUAA